UGACGCUCUCCCCACUAUUUAUUGUUCAUGCAGUGAGGAUUCACUCUCUUUAGAUAAUUAUUUUGUAAUUUAUCUGCAGCAACAACAAAAAAAUAGCUCAAAAAGCAGUAGUACCAGUAUGCAAAUCAGGGAGCCGAAUGAACGGCUUUCUUAUCAAUGCAUCCAAAAGAUCCGCUCGCGAACGAACCAUCACUACAAACUGCUGGCUUCCCAGCGACAUGUUUGUUGUUGUUCGAGAUGCAGGAUUAGCUACAGUAUGUCCUAGGCGACUAGCUAAUUGUUUAGGUUUGACUAGUCCAACAAUCCCCAUAGUUAUAUGUUCCUAAUAUGUUAGUUACCAUUUGCAGACACGUACUGCACGAGAAGGACUUAAAACAGCCCACAAGGGGCCACACUGAAAACCAAGUAGCAGGCAGACCCACAUUAUCUGGCACCACCAUCAUAAUAAUAGGUUAGAUAAUUACAAGUGUGUGACUUACUGUCGAGUUGAAGACCAUCACUUAAGAGGACCACAUCACCAGGUAACUACAACAAAGAUGGGGAACAAUGCAAUCAAAGCCCAUCUGGAGAACUCACAGAAGACUGGGAUCUUUCAGCUGACAGGGAAAGGCCUUCCUGAGUUCCCCGAGGAGCUCCAGAGGUUGACUGGAAACCUACGGACUGUAGAUCUGUCCUCCAACAAGAUCGAAGUGCUACCUGCUGCCAUAGGAAACUUCCUUCAGAUGAAGAGUCUGACUUUAAACUGUAAUAAACUCACAAGUCUCCCAGAUGAAAUUGGAAAGCUGAAGAAACUAGAGACUCUUUUGCUGAAUGGGAAUUACCUGACGCAGCUCCCUAGCACUGUAGGACAGUUGAAAGCGUUGCGCACCCUCAGCCUGUCAGGGAACAAAUUCCGGGAGUUUCCUGCUGGCCUUGGCUCCCUACGACACCUGGACGUUCUGGACCUGUCCAAGAACCACAUCCAGGUGGUGCCUGCUGAGGUGGCGGCCUUGCAGGCCAUUGAGAUCAAUCUCAACCAGAACCAGAUUUCAGUGGUGUCUGCGGAGGUGUCCACCUGCCAGAGGCUGAAGGUGCUGAGACUGGAGGAGAACUGUCUGGAGCUCACCUCCAUCCCUGUGUCCAUCCUCACCACCUCCCAGGUGUCCCUGCUCUCCGUGGAGGGCAACCUGUUUGAGGUGAAGAAUAUGCGUGACCUGGAAGGGUAUGAGAAGUACAUGGAGCGCUUCACUGCAACCAAAAAGAAAUUUGCCUGAACAAUAGAAAGAGAGCAUCCCCCUGAGUCCAGCUUGUGAUCUACCCUCAAGCACCCUCUCUAAAUGGUUGUGGCGUACUACAGUAAAUAUGGCUUCUGCACUGCUGCGGCAACAGGUUACAACGGAGAAGGACCACUGUAGAGAAGGACUGAUCGAGAGCAUGCUACAGGACUGCGUAUGAAAACAACAGGACACCAUUGAUGGUUACAGAGAACUAUGUGAAUGAUGGACAGUGCACUCACUUUAAUGAUAUUCAUAAAUUGCAUAUUGAAUACUUAAGACAACAUUUCGGUCAGAAAUUAGUAGCUAAGUUAUUUAACCGAAGCAGGUUAUGCGUAUAGUACAGUCGUGGCCAAAAGUUGAGAAUGACACACAUAUUUAUUUUCAAAGUCUGCUGCCUCAGUGUC